UGUAAGAUUAAAUCAAUUAUAUUGAACCAUGCUAGACUAGAUACCCAUUGUCUUAUCAAUUCCACUUACUUAGCACCUUGUAAGAAUCCUUGUUUCAAGUACAGAGUCCUGACCCAUAACACCUGCAUACAGCAUGUGUGUAUGUGUAGUGUCUGUAUUUAUUUUAUUUUUUAUUGUCUUUUUUUUUCCCAGAAAAAGAGAUCAGACUUGAAAUGAAGGAACAUACUACAGAGCAAAGCCUUUCAGUGGUAGAAUCUCUCAAGCCAAGAUUCAUCAGUGACAGUCCUGCUAACUUCACUUGGAAAGAUAUCUGUGAUACACUUAAGAAAAUCCACAUUGGAGAGAAAUCUUACAAAUAUAACGGAAGUGGAAAGGCUUUCACAAAAAGUGAAUCUCUUACUAGAUAUUUACAGAGCAUUUACACUGGAGAGAAACCUUAUGAAUGUAACCAGUGUGAAAAGGCUUUUAAAAAUCAGAGAGCUCUUACUGUACAUCAGAGGAUCCACACUGGGGAGAAACCUUAUGAAUGUACCCAGUGUGGAAAGCCUUUUAGAAAACAGGGAGCUCUUACUGUACAUCAAAGGAUCCACACUGGGGAGAAACCUUAUAUAUGCAACCAGUGUGGAAAGACUUUUAGACAAAAAGGAGCUCUCACUGUACAUCAGAGGAUCCACACUGGAGAGAAACCUUAUAAAUGUAACCAAUGUGGAGAGGCUUUUAGAAAAAGGGAAUCUCUUACUGUACAUCAGAGAAUCCACACUGGAGAAAAACCUUAUGAAUGUACCCAUUGUGGAAAGACUUUCAGCUAUAAGAGAGUUCUUACUGCACAUCAAAGAAUCCACACUGGAGAGAAACCUUAUGAAUGUAAUCAGUGUGAAAAAACUUUUAUUUAUAAGUUUAAUCUUUCUUUGCAUCAGAGAAUCCAUACUGGAGAGAAUCCUUACAAAUGUAAGCAAUGUGGAAAGGCUUUUAGAAAACAGGGAGAUCUUACUGUACAUCAGAGAAUCCACACUGGGGAGAAACCUUAUAUAUGCAACCAGUGUGAAAAGACUUUUAGACAAAAAGGAGCUCUCACUGUACAUCAGAGGAUCCACACUGGAGAGAAACCUUAUAAAUGUAAUCAAUGUGGAAAGGCUUUUAGAAAAAGGGAAUCUCUUACUGUACAUCAGAGAAUCCACACUGGAGAGAAACCUUAUGAAUGUAUCCAGUGUGGCAAGACUUUCAGCUGUAAGAGAGUUCUUACUGCACAUCAAAGAAUCCACACUGGAGAAAAACUUUAUGAAUGUAACCAGUGUGAAAAAACAUUUAUUUAUAAGUUUAAUCUUUCUUUGCAUCAGCGAAUCCACACUGGAGACAAUCCUUAUGAAUGUAAGCAAUGCGGAAAGGCUUUUAUGCAAAGGGGAUCUCUUAUUGCACAUCAGAGAAUGCACACUGGAGAGAAUCCUUAUGACUGUAAUCAGUGUGGAAAGGCUUUUACAAAUCAGGGAACUCUUACUGUACAUCAGAGGAUCCACACUGGGGAGAGACCUUAUGAAUGUAACCAAUGUGGAAAGACUUUUAGGAAAAAGGAAACUCUUAUUGUACAUCAGAGAAUCCACACUGAAGAAAAACCUUAUGAGUGUAAUCAAUGUGGAAAGGCUUUUACAAAUCAGGGAGCUCUUACUGUACAUCAGAGAAUCCACACUGGGGAGAAACCUUAUAAAUGUAACCAGUGUGGAAAGGCUUUUACACAAAGGGGAGCUCUUACUGGACAUCAGAGAAUCCACAGUGGAGAGAACCCUUAUGAAUGUAACCAAUGUGGAAAGGCUUUCAAAUACAAGCAUAGUCUUCCGGUACAUCAGAGAAUCCACACUGGGGAGAAACCUUAUAAAUGUAACCAGUGUGGAAAGACUUUUAGGAAAAAGGAAACUCUUAUUGUACAUCAGAGAAUCCACACUGAAGAGAAACCUUAUGAAUGUGACCAGUGUGGAAAGGCUUUUAGACAAAAGUUAUAUCUUACUGUACAUCAGAGAAUCCACACUGGGGAGAAGCCUUAUAAAUGUAACCAAUGCGGAAAGGCUUUUACACAAAGGGGAGCUCUUACUGGACAUCAGAGAAUCCACAGUGGAGAGAACCCUUAUGAAUGUAAUCUAUGUGGAAAGACUUUCAAAUGUAAGAGUAGUCUUCCUGUACAUCAGAGAAUCCACACUGGAGAGAAACCUUAUAAAUGUAACCAGUGUGAAAAGUCUUUUAGGAAAAAGGAAACUCUUAUUGUACAUCAGAGAAUCCACACUGAAGAGAAACCUUAUGAAUGUAAUCAGUGUGGAAAGACUUUUACGCAAAAGGUAACUCUUACUGCACAUCAAAGAAUCCACACUGGAGAGAAACCUUAUAAAUGUAAUAAGUGUGAAAAGGCUUUUAGAAAACGGGGAGCUCUUACUGUACAUCAGAGGAUCCACACUGGAGAGAAACCUUAUAAAUGUAACCAGUGUGGACAGGCUUUUAUAAGAAGGGAAUCUCUUACUGGACAUCAGAGAAUCCACACUGAGGAGAAAUCUUAUGAAUGUAACCAACAUAGAAAGGGUUUUAUAUGAAAAUCUGAUGGUUACUGCCAGAUCUUUGAUGAAAUGGAAAGGCAUUAAAAUGAGGAGGAAUAUGUAUUAGGAUGAGAACAUUGGGAGAAGGCUACUGAUGCCUUCCAUACUUAGCCUUCUGUUACUGUAACCCUGUAGGGAAGGUGAGUAAAGGAAAAUAAAAGUUGCCUUGAGAAAGCA